AUGCCGGACGAAGUUGGCGGAGCCACAGCAGAUCGAGACCCAGGCCCCUCGUCCCCCAAAGAAGGAGACGAAGACUGCCUGGACACAACCAGGGCCGCGGAGCCCUCCCUCACAGCGGAGCGCCAAGCGCCUGCUCAGAGCGGCAAGAAGUCAGGCGUGCACGCUUGGGGUGUAGGAUUAGAGUCCGUGGAGUACUUGCCCCACGUGACGCUCUUCAAGUCGUCCCAGGCAGGACGUGGAAGAAGCGGGCAGCAGGCUGCCAAGGCAGCAAAGCAGAUCAUCAGUGCGGUGGCCAAGUGCAUGGUAAGUGAGACCAUGGAGAGCAUCUCCUUUGGAUCCUUUGCCUUGGAGAAAUGCGAGCUACUCUCGAUGGGCCAUGUGCAGGCAGAUGGCUACUUUGAAGCACAAGCUUCUGCCAGGUUGGCGGAGGAGAGCCAGGGCAAGGAAGAGGACGUAACUGAAGAAGUGGAGGAAUUUGAGAAGCAGGUGGCCCGACUGACCCAAAGCCUUACAGCCUCGAAGAAGGAAGACCAGAAGAAGACCAAAAAGAAGCGUCCAAAGAAGAUUGACCCGCAGGCUGUUCUUGCAUCAGGAACAGAAGAGGAGGGUCAGCAGGCAGACGUUGAAACUGAGUUUGGCAAUGACAAAAGAGCUGAUCUCUCCGAGGAAGAAAUACAGGAGCUGGACAGUGGGUUAGCCACGGCUGCGCUGGCUAAGACGCGCCCUGGAGCAAAGCGACGGAAACCCCGCAAGCCGGCGCCAUCAGCGAAGGUAAGUACCAAAAAAAAGGCAUCGAAGCUCAAGAAGGCUGGCGCAGCCCCAGCAGCCAGCAGCGAUGAGGGGCAUGCAGAUGCUGAGGAUGCCUGGGAUGAGGAGGUAGCAGAGUUGACCACAGGUAGCACUGCUCUGCGAAGUGAUCAAGAUCAGAAGCGCAUUGAUCCAGAAGAUGGCUUGGCGUACACCUGGGAGGAGUUCACGAAUUAUUAUACAGGAAAGUACAAGAAAAAGCUGAUCGAAGCUUAUUGGAACGAUUGCAACGCGGUGAGGCAAACAAAAGCGGUACGAUCAGGGAAGAGGCCUGCACGUAAAUGGUUCUCCAGGCACUAG